AUGAUGGUGGGAAAAGUUGGAAUUGUUUUUGCAGAUGAAAGUUUUGAAGAAGGCCUUGCAGCAAAAUUGUGGAUAACAAGAUCCGACGGGGUUAUUGACGAAGAUGAGCUGCCGGAUGUUCAUUGGGUGUAUGCUUCGUUCUUUGCAAGAAUUAUUAGUGAAGAACUUGAAAAACGUCAACUGAUUCUGAGUGGAAGAAAGUUCGCCGGCAAAGGGGAUAUCCGUUCUAAUGCGGGAACGUCGCUUUUAUUAUCGAGUGCCCUGACUGCAGUCCCGAUAGGUGAGCCAAGUGCUGGUGUGAUUGUUGAACGCAGAGGGCAUUUAGGAUUUGUAUGGUCAGCAGAUUACGGUGACGGGAUGCUCCUUGACGGCACGCCUUUUCGAGUUGGAGAUUGGAUCUCUUUUAUAACGCGUCCCAUUGACUCAUCUGGUACGUGUACUUACACGGCGUCGUAUGCGCGUCUAGAGAGUCCUUUUUAUCGUUCAAUAACAGGAGGCAACUCGCUCAGGAUUGAAGUGCCUGCUCAGUUUUUUGAAAAUGGUAAUAAAAGGGUUAUAUAUGCUGAGUGGUUCGGCGAGCUGCUAUGUGAUGAAAGCAUCUUGCAAAAGGCUUUUCUAAGGACUGAUGAAAGUGUAGUCGCUGUAAUCGAAAGAAGACGACAAGCACCAUAUCUUUAUAGUUGGGUUGUUGUGUCCCUUGAAUCAGCUGAAAAGAUAAGAAUAAGCCGGCCGGAAUUCGGGUGUAGAAAUUACGAAUCCAAGAUGUUACAGUUUUUAUUCCAAGACAAAGGUGUUCGAAGUGCUCUUCGCAAGUCGGACCCCUUACUGGCUAAUUCCAUCUGUAAAUUUCUUGGUAUUCAUCCUGAGUUCUAA